UCUACUUCCUACCUGAUCCAGACACCCGAUGAAAGCCAUGGACGCCGCCGGCAAGAGCUCCGUGACGUGCGUCGACUUCUGGGCCAACGGGUUUGGCAUGCGGAUGCGGAUCGCGCUGCGCGAGGUAGGCGUGGCGUUCGAGUACGUCGAGGAGGACCUCCGCGUCUGCGAGAGGAGCGAAUUGGUGCGGCGCAUGAACCCCGUCCACCGCUCCGUGCCCAUCCUGAUCCACCGCGGCCGUCCGGUCUGCGGCUCCCUCAACAUCCUGGAGUACAUCGACGAGGUCUGGAGUGCACUGGGCGAGACCCGCCGCUUGCUCCCCGGCGACCCGGCGGACAGGGCGGACGCCAGGGUUUUCCCAGUGUUCCCUGCUCAGACAAGGUUCCUGAAGAGCAAGGGUGAGGAGAAAUACGCGGCCAAGGAAGAGCUGGUUGAGCAACUCAAACGCCUAGAUGAGGUGCUCGGGGACAAGGCAUUUUUUUCUGGUGACGCAUUUGGGUUCUUGGACGUCGUCCUCAUCCCAUUUUCAAGCAUGUUCCGUGGGUACGAGCAGCAUGGAGGGUUUGACCUCGAGGUGGAGUGCCCCAACCUCAUGCGAUGGGUGAAGAGGUGUAAGGAGAGGGAGAGCGUAAGAGCUGUUCUUCCGGAUGAGACGAAGAUGUACGAAUUACACAAGGAGUGGUACGGUAUUGAGUAAAGAAGCCGGCUUCAGUAGCUGCAUUAUUCCUGAAUUUAUUUCAGUAUUUUCGGCGAUGCGUUUUUAGUGAGAGGAGAUGUUCCCGUCGACGACAAGGCGCCUACGGUGACUUCGUAAAUCUUAAGAUGAUAUGCCGGCUCGGUCUCUCGGAGGUGCUCAUAGGGAUAGGGUGUGCGUGCGUGCGUUCAUAGAGGUGAGUGUAUGCGCGUGUAUAUGAGCGCUUGUGUCUGUACUGAUGCUCAAAAAAGUAGCUGCAGCUGAAUUAAUCUAGCCCUCUACGUAUGAGCAGUUAA